GACGAUCAGAGUUCGUAGUUAUGCAGCUAUUACACUCCGGUUUAUUUGGCCUUACAGUUUGUUCUGAAUUAUAAUUGACCUCUAAAGUGAUAAUAAGGUUAAUGUGAAAGUUUCCGUUCAGUCUCCGUCACACUUAUUUGCAAUGAAAGCCAUCUCAGAUUAUUUGUACGGUCACAGAGCCAAGUACCGUGAAAUUCACGACAAGAAAGAAAGCGCACGAAAACGCAGUCAAUCAACGGACUAUCACUUGUUGCCAGAUUAUUCUCCUCCAACAAGCAAAAGUGGAAAAGAUGACUCCAUUUCCAGCUCUGACACUGCAGUUGCUACAGAGACAGGCAUAUAUGCAUCAUUUUCAUCAAAUUCAUCAACUCCUGAAAUCAUGCAAAGUCCUCUAAAAACAAAAUGGGGAAGGCCAACACUACCUGUUCCCCAAUUUUCCCGGAAUGAUUUCAGUGUCUGGAGUAUCCUGAAACAGUGUAUCGGAAAAGAAUUGUCAAAGAUUACAAUGCCAGUCGUCUUUAAUGAACCAUUAAGUUUUUUACAAAGAAUUUCUGAAAAUGUGGAGUAUUAUCAUUUAUUAGAAAAAGCAAAUCUGUCUGAAGAUCCCGUUAAAAGGUUAGAGUAUGUUUCUGCUUUUGCUGUUGCCUGUAUAUCUUCUAAUUGGGAGAGACUUGGUAAACCAUUCAAUCCUUUACUUGGAGAAACCUAUGAACUUGUGAAAGAUGGUUUUAGAAUUGUAACCGAACAAGUCAGUCAUCAUCCUCCUAUAACUGCAUUUCAUGCUGAUUCACCACAUUUUGUUUUUUCUGGAGCAAUCCAUCCAAAACUAAAACUUUGGGCAAGAUCUGUUGAGAUUAAACCUGAAGGGACUGUUAUUGUAAAAUUAUUAAAGUACAAUGAAAUAUACACGUGGACAGGGGUUACAUCCUGUGUUCAUAAUAUUAUUGUCGGCAAAUUGUGGAUGGAACAAUGUGGUACAAUGGAAAUUCAGUGUCAUACUACUGGCUUAGUUGCUGAAUUGAAUUUUAAACCAGCUGGAUGGUAUAGCAAAGAUCUGAACUGUGUUGAAGGUUUUAUUCAUGACAAACAGAAGUCAAAACUACGUUUCAUCUAUGGAAAAUGGUGCAACUUUAUUAGGAGCACGGAACCUUAUUUAUACGAUGAAUAUCUUGUUCUGAAAGACCAGAAAGCAUCAGGAAGUGAACGAACAUCCAAUACAAAAGACAGCUCAAAUUUGCUGCACUAUACAAAAAAUCAAAGAAAGAAAAGUCUUUCAGCAAGUAUCGAUGGUGACAAAACAGAAUUCAGAACAUUAGCAGAUUUACCUUCUACUUUGCUUUGGGAAGCUGAUCCCAGGCCAGAUUAUUCAUCUGAGUAUUACAACUUUACAUAUUAUGCAAUGGCAUUAAAUGAAUUAGACGAAGAAAUGAAAAGUGUACUUCCACCGACAGAUUCCCGACUAAGGCCAGAUAUCAGGAAGUUAGAAGAAGGUGAUGUUGAUGGAGCAGCAUUUGAAAAGAAUCGCCUAGAAGAAAAACAAAGAGAAGCUAGGAAAAUAAGAAAAAAAGAGAAAACUAUAUUUGAGCCUGUUUUUUUCAGUAGCAAACCUCAUCCAUAUGCCAAAGAGGAAUUCUGGUGCUAUAAAGGUGGAUAUUGGGAAAGAAACUUUUCUGACUGUCCGGAUAUAUUUUAAAGAGAACUAAAUUAUAUUUUACACUCAAUCAAGAAAUAUUUUUUAUAUCUCAUUUUAAGAGACAAAACUUUGAAAGGUGAUAUGCUCACAGUUUCAUUAAAUGUUGAACAUAAUCUACUGUUGGACACAGAAUAUUUUAUUUAUGUUAAUAUUGAUUGUAAAUCACACACAUUGUAUAAGUUGUAAAUAAUUGUCUGUA